CCCCGCCCGCCGCUCCCGCCCCGCCGGCUGUGACGGCGCCGGGAAGUGCUUCCGUGUUUCCGCCCGCGGUGUCCGGGGCAACGGGAGUGCGCCGGGAGUGCGCCGGGACCCUCUGAGUGCCCCCUUCCCCAGUGUGACUGGUCCACGCCUGGAGAUGUCGACCCCUCCCCUGGCCGGGGCGGGCAUGCCGCCGGGCGCCUUCUCCGGGACGCAGGCUCAGGCUGCCCGGGAGGUGAACACGGCUUCCCUCUGCCGCAUCGGCCAGGAGACCGUGCAGGACAUUGUGUUUCGAACCAUGGAAAUCUUCCAGUUACUGAGGAACAUGCAGUUACCAAAUGGUGUUACUUACCAUACUGCAACAUAUCAAGACAGACUGGCAAAGCUGCAGGAACAUCUCCGUCAGCUAUCAAUACUCUUCAGAAAACUGAGAUUAGUCUAUGACAAAUGUAAUGAAAACUGUGCUGGGCUCGAUCCUGUUCCCAUAGAACAACUUAUUCCGUAUGUUGAAGAAGAUGGCUCCAAGCAUGAUGAUCGUGGUGCUGCAAGUCAGCUUCGUUUUGCUAGUGAAGAGAGAAGGGAAAUCAUGGAAGUAAAUAAGAAACUGAAACAGAAAAAUCAGCAGCUGAAGCAGAUCAUGGAUCAGUUACGAAAUCUUAUUUGGGACAUAAAUGCCAUGUUGGCAAUGAGGAACUGAACAAGGAAAAUCAAACUUUGUAACAGAAGAAGAUACAAAUCUGUUCGGAUGUACUUCACUUCCUUCUAAGAAGCAACAUGUUUUUUCCACAAUUACAUUGCAGUAAUGUUCGAAGCAUCUUCAAGAUUAAAAUGUUGGGUCAUUUUGUAGUAAUGUAAAUGGUGUCGGGUUUGUUUUUAUAGAAGAUUCAUCCUAGGGGUUUUACUUGUGUGAUUCUGCUGUACAGCCUCAGUAAUUUACAGUAGAAGUUUGGAUUGCUAUGCAGAUUGGGAGUUUUAUAAAUAAAGUGUUUCUGGAUUUUCUUUAUAAUACAAUAACAAAUUAUAAAAACAUAUGUUUAUAUGCCAUUCUACAAUGCAAAUAGCCUUUACAGACAGGAAAGUUGCUCCAGUAAGCUAGAGAGCUGAAAUCAGCCGUCAGGUACUGCAAUUCGGUCUGCAGUAUUUUAUAUAUUAUAUGCAGUGCAGAGCAGAGCAGAGCAGGACAAUCCCCUCCCUUGCCUGGCUGGCGAUGCUGCGCCUGAUGCCCCCCAGGACAGGGUUGCCUUCCUGGCUGCCAGGGCACUGCUGGAUCAUGUUCAACUUGCCAUUGACCAGGUCCUUUUCCACAGUGCUGCUCUGCAGCCUCUCAUUCCCCAGUCAGUACACACAGCCAGGGCUGCCCCAUCCCAGGUGCAGAAUCCAGUCUGGCCUUUGUUAAACGUCAGAAAGUUGGAGAUUGCCCAACCCUUUAAUUUGUGGAGGUCUCUCUGCAGGGUCUUUCUGACCCCAAGGGCGUUGACAGCUCCUCCCAAUUCAGUCAAAUCAACAGACUUACUCAGUAUUCCUUCCAGUCCUGCGCUGAGGAGCACAGGGCCAAGGAUGGAGCCCCAUGGAACCCCACAAGUGACACUCACCAGUCUGAUUGCCCCAUUCACUGUAAUGCUUUGCACCCAACCCAUCAGCCAGUUGCCUAUCAUGUAACACAGUUCUCCAGCUGUGUGCUGUACAUUUUGUCCAGAAGGCUUCUGUGACAGACAAUAUCCAAAAGCUUUGCUGAAGUCCAAAAAGAUUACAUCUGCUGGCUUUCCUGGAUCGACUAGGUGGGUUACCCUGUUGCAGAAGGAAAUCAGGUUCAACAAGCAGGACUUCCCCCUCAUGAAGCCAUGCUGGCUCUGAACAGCUGUGACCAGUAGUGUAUUUCUGUAGCAUUAUGUAUGGCUGGAAUACUUUGGGUUUACCAGAAUGCACUGAAUAAAGACCUCUUUGAUCUUUUCCCUAUGACUAUCACUCCUAGUAAACUUUGGAGUAUAUGAGCAGUUCAUUAUUUUGAGUUAAUCAUUAACCUUCAUCUUUCUUUGUUCUAACUUUUUUACUCAUCACAAUUUUUGUUUGCCCUGAAAAUUAUCUUGAAAAUUUUUGUUAUCCACAGAUGCUGCCAGUGUACUAUGUAUCUCUCCAGAUGAAAAAAUACAUAAAACAACAGUUGCAGUAUAAAUCCAUAGGGCACUUUACUCUUAGUAUUUGUCAGGUUGAAAACUAACCAUCCUCCUGAGUUGCUUCUUGUGUAUCACUUUUAACUUUUCUUCCAUGCCCAGUCAGACUCCAUAGUAGUUUAGUAUGAAAGACUUGUUCAGAACCUCUUGAAGCAUCCAGUUAAAUGGUAUCCUUUUAAAAGCUGUCAUUUUGCAGUCUGUUGGUUUGAUACUGAAUGCUUACUGAUUUGAGAUUUCAUGGAUUUUGAAAUGUUACACUGAUUUUCUAGAGUCAUAGAAGGGUUUAUGUUGGAAGGGACCCUGAAGAUUGUCUUGUUCCAGCACCUCUGCCACACACAGGGUUGCUCAGAGCCCCCUCCAGCCUCACCAUGAACACUGCCAUGGAUGGGACAUCUGCAGCUUCGCUGGGGAACCUGUCCAGUGUCUCACCACCCUCACAGGUGUUUUGUUGUUCUAUCAAUUUCUUUAAUUCUGAUUUUUAAUUCAACCCAUUUAUCUAUUCCUUGAGGUAAAAAUGGUAACAGAUGUGGUAAUAGACCUUAUCACACCUGGUUAACAAUAUAUGACUUUUCCCUGAAAAUAGGUACAAUAUAGUUGUCUUUUGUUUCUCUUUUUAAAGGUUGUAAAUAUUAACAGAUGAAUGGAUGUCCAGUCUUAUAGUUGAAAACAAAGUGUUAGAAAAUGUUGAUUUUGAUUAGUUUACCUGGUAUUGAAAGUGGUCUGUAUGUAUGACAAUACUUAGAUGUUAUUAGAUGUCAAAACAUUUUACAAAUAAGAUCUCUCUCUUUUCUCCCAUGUCACAAAUGCAAGAGUAGAUAUCUUACUCUGUAGCAAAGGCUGCAGCAGAAUUGUUUGUUCCCUGUUUAGAUUCACCAGUAUGGCAGAUUUGCUGGUCAGAAAUAAUAGUUUUUUCUGCAGCUGUGAGAGUCAUAACUAUUCCAUAUGCAAAGCUUUUGAAAAAGAGAUGACUGCAAGUAGAGAUUUUACUUUGUUGUUGGUUUAAAAUGCAAAUGCAUUUUUCUAUUUGCAAGCUGUAGUGGCAGCUUUCUGUUUAGUGCAUGCAUAAGCAGGCAAGCAGCCUAGAAGAAGUAUUUGAAGUGGAUUUUGAAAUGGCACCAUCAUCUUAAUUAUGAGUGUAAAAUUCUCAGUUCUUUAUAUUUUUGUUCUAUUUUUAGAACAAUUACGGAAAAUGGAGAUUAGUCUAGACUUCACUAUACUGCUCAUAUAGCAUCUAGGUCUUCUUACUGAAUGUGUUUAAAGUUUGGUGACUUUUUUAUUACACACAAACAGUACAGAAGUAACCUAAAAUGUGAGUAAGAGUGCAGCUAUUGCAAGUAGAUGUCUGGGUGAUAAAAUAUUCAGCUUUCUCUCUGCAGCUACUAGCAGUAGCCAAGGUCUGUACUACAGUUUUUCAUCCGGAGAGAAGGGAAACACUUCAAACCACUACCAGAAUAGAUGGGCAGUAGCUAAAUUGCAAAGUGCAGAAAUAGACAGAAUUGUAAAUUAUCACAGUAAAUACUGUCAAAACAGGACUGUGCAAGGUGUUGGACCAAAACCAUACACUUUGACUUACACAGAUGAAAGUAAGGGUAGCAAACAUAAUUCAAAUGCUAUCAGAUCCAUGAAUAAGUACAGGAUUUGGCCAAGAAGAUGACAGUUUUAAGAAAAGUGGCGAUUCCUCAGCUGUGAAACACUUGAAUGAACUACUGGGCAUCAACAUGUGCUGAAAUUUAAUAUUUUAUUAAUGCUAACUGAACUUUAACUGCUGGUUAAUGAAGUGAUACCAGAUGAAGUAUUUACAAAUACCAGUAAAGCAAUACAAACACA